UAUUUAACAAGUUACAUGUAAUUUUCACUAUAAUUCUUUGUUGAUUGUAUGAGAUUGAUGAUUUUCUCUCACAUUGCAACAACGUGUACUUCCCCUAAUUUAAUCUUAAUAAAAAAGAGAAGAUAUUUCUCUUUCUUUGGUGUCCCAAUAAUCCCAUCAAACUGAAUUAAUGAACACACACUCUCUCUAGUUCGGUAGUAACCAGCACCAGCACCAGCAUCGGCAUCAGCAGUGAGAGUAGAGCAUAGCAGCAAUGAGUUCUGGUUCAGUCACCAAAGCUUCACUCUCUUCCUCCUCAUCCCCCAACUCCUCCACUGAGUCCCUUGAUGGGUUGAAGUUUGGCCAGAAAAUCUACUUUGAGGAUGUGAGUGUUGCUGCAGCAACAACAGCUCAAGGGGCCAAAACAAGUGUUGGGGUCUCUUCUUCUUCUUCUUCAAAGAAGGGAAGGGGUGGUUCAAUGCUAGGGGCUCAGCCUCCAAGGUGUCAGGUUGAGGGCUGCAAAGUAGAUCUGAGUGGAGCUAAGGCUUACUAUUCUAGGCAUAAAGUUUGUGGCAUGCACUCCAAGUCCCCUACUGUCAUUGUAGCUGGUAUUGAGCAAAGGUUUUGCCAACAGUGCAGCAGAUUUCACCUGCUUUCUGAAUUUGAUCAAGGAAAACGAAGCUGCCGCAGGCGACUUGCCGGCCAUAAUGAGCGCCGACGAAAGCCGCCUCCCAGUUCCUUGUUAACCUCUCGCUAUGGCAGAAUUUCUUCGCCUAUUUUUGACAACAAUGCCAGACCUGGUGGCUUUCUGAUGGAAUUCGCUUCAUAUCCAAAGCUUACACUGAGAAAUUCAUUCUCAACACCAAGAUCAACCGAGCAAGUUCCCGGGAACCAUGCUGCAGCACUUACCUGGCAAACCAGUUCAGACACACCAUCUGAAUUCUUCCUGCAAGGAUCAGGAAGUGGGGGUGGAACAAGCUUCCUUGGUCCGAAACAUCCUUUAGUGGAAAGCUACACUGGAGUCACCGACUCGAACUGUGCUCUCUCUCUUCUGUCAAGUCAAACAUGGGGUUCCAGGAACACCAACACAAGUGCUGAGCUGAACAACACCUUGUUGAACUUCAAUGGGACAUCAUCCAUGGCGCAAUUCGCCGUGGCAUCUUCUCAAGUUGCAGCCAUCCAUCAGCUUCCAAACGCCACAUCAUGGUACUCAAAGACUGUUGGUUCGCCGGAGGCUAUCCCUGAUCUCGGUCUCGGCCAAAUUUCGCCACCUCUCAGCCAUCUUCAUGGUGAGCUUGAUGUGUCACAGCAGGGUAGGAGGCAUUACAUGGAUCUGGGGGAGUCCAGGGCCUGUCAGUCUUCUCACUGGUCUCUUUGAAGUUCUUCUUUGCUGUCAUAAUAUUAGUAUGAGUAUCAUAUAGCACAGGAAAAUGAGAGGGGAAUGAAUCUGUGGCUAUUAGUACUAUACUAUUGCAAUUUGGUUUCUUUGAACUUUUGAAGCAACGUGGGUGUAUCCCUACUUUGUUUGUGGAACUUUGAAUUAUGAUUAUUUUGGUUUGUGUGAACUUAUAAGCAAGGUGUGUAUCCUUGUUUCUUAUUUGGAACUUUCAAGACUUUGUUAUUUUGGUAUUGGAACUUAUAAGCUGUGGUAAGGCUUGUUUUAUUUUGUGGGAGUUUCAGACAUGAUUUGAGGGGGAGCAAGUAAUGUAUGUGAUACAUGUUUUGUUUG